AUGCAGGUUUUGAAUAUUUUCGUUGGUAAUUUAUUCCGAGCAGAAAGUGGAAGAUCGAAUGAAAACAUUGUGAUCAAUGUUGGAUCAUUGGUAUCUUCUCUGAAUAUUGAAUUGAGGGAUGCUUGUUUAUCCAUGCCCCAGAGCUAUUGCAUCUUCAACAUCCCAAGAAAACUCCUUAGGCACAACCAAAACUCAUUUCUCCCCAACUGUUUCGCCAUUGGCCCGAUGCAUCACGGCAAAGAGAACUUGGUAGCCACAGAGAGAAUCAAAAUCAAGUACUUGAAAGCUUGUCUUUCUAGGGUGAUUAUUGGUCGUCACGUGACGAUGUCCCGAGAAUCCAAAGAGGUUGAAAAACAGAAAGUUUUAUCUGAUUUGAUUAAUGUCGUUAAGUCAAUUGAGAAACAGGCCAGUGCUUGUUAUGCAGGCCAUGACGUUGCAACAGAACUGGGUGGUGAAUUUGUUAAAACAAUGCUGCUCGAUGGUGUCUUCGUUAUUGAGUUGUUUCGUAGAGACGCUGAAGAGGUGAAAGAGCACAGUGAUCCGAUUUUAACCAUGUCAUGUAUGUUACAAUAUCUGCAACAUGACUUGAUUUUGCUAGAGAAUCAAAUCCCUUGGUUAGUGCUUGAAAUCUUGUUUGAAAAGACCAGGCUUCCUUAUGAGUCCAAGUCCUUGAUUGAACUUGCCCUUACGUUCUUUGCUAAUACCUUCAUUUCUCAUCCACUUUCUAUAAAAUCAUCCUGUUUCAAAGACCAAGAUAUCAAACACAUUCUUGAUUUGUUAAGAUUAUCCUUGGUGUUACCAUCCCACGAAACCAAAAACAAACUGACGGCUGGAUGGCAACCGAUUCAUUCCAUCAGUAAGCUCAAAGAAGUAGGAGUAAAAUUCAAGAAAGUUGCACCAGAUAGCAUCUUGGACAUAAAAUUUAUAGAUGGUUGUCUCGAAAUCCCGUCAUUGCUUAUCCAGGAGAUGACACAAAUGAUAUUAUGGAAUCUAAUCAUAUAUGAGCAAUGCUUGCCACAUUUUUCACCGAUAUUUACUUGCUAUGCCAAGCUCCUGGAUAACCUUAUCGACACCAACAAUGACAUGGAGAUACUAUGUAAGAGUAAAAUCUUCGAUAACUGGUUAAGUUUGGAUGACUCAACCCAGUUUUUCAGUAAUCUUUACAAUGAUACUUAUGCCAAUGAAUUCUACUAUUUUGAACUUAGUGACAAACUCGAUCAUCACUGCAAAUGGUGGUGGCCUCGAUGGCGAGCAUACUAUGUGCACAAUUUUUGCACUAAGCCUUGGGUUAUCGCUGCUCAAAUUUAUGUUGUUAUCAUGUUUGUUCUCAUACUGUGGCAAACAUACAAAUAA